AAUCCAUCGGAUAAAUUGGAUUUGGUAAUCAUAAUCCCGCUGCCUCUGCUUAUACAGCCGGCCUCACCUCACCAUAUAAUCCAACCGCAAAUUCUCCAUCUGUUAUCGCUUAAUCUCCAGCUUAAUUAAUGGCUAAACGCUACUUUAAGCUCAAAUUCCCCAGGGUUAUUUCCCUAAUCCAAUUCUGUCGUCCCAAACACCACUCCCCUUUGCCGGCAAUAUACCGGCUGUCCCCUGUAAACGCCAAAGCCAUGGACAUCGGGUUCCCCAACCGCCCGGCACCGCCGCCGUCCACACCGGAGCACAACUCCGUAAAGCGCUGCGUGUUCUCCAAGCCCGCAAAAUCCACCGGCUGCGGAUCGUGCCGGUCCCGGUCAUCCACGCGAUUCAUCUCCGACUGUAAAGUUGAAAUCAAAUCAUCCGCGGAUAAUGACGAACUUAAUCACAAUUAUAAUAACUACAAAGAUAAUUUUAUGCCGCCUAUUUCGGAAACCGAGAAUUAUUACAGGAAGAAGCGGAAGGAGGAGAAGACGAAGAGGAAGAAGAAAUCGAAACGGAAAGCGAAACUGGAGCUUCCGUUUAUAAAUACUUCUUCGGGAAACUGGUCCAGCGGCGAAUUCGACGGCAGCCAAGAGAACAGCGAAGAAAGCAGAACUCCGAUCUACUCUUCCAGCAGCUUCUCGAAUGAAUUCUCGCUGGUGAUGGAGACGAUAGGCAAGAAGAUCUCGGAAUCGCACAAGCAGAGCAGCAAGAAGAGACCUAACGGUGUCGACUACGAUAAGGUUCGUAGAUCGAAUUCAGAUUUGGAUUCGAAGAAACCGGCGGCGACGGGCGGAGAGUUCGGAAAGAUAAAGACGGUGCUGCGGCCGACGAGGGUGUGCAGAGGGGGCGAGAGGAAGGUGAGGGAGAGCGUGGCGGUGGUGAAGAAGUCGGAGGAUCCCUACGAGGAUUUCAGGCGGUCGAUGAUGGAGAUGAUCAUGGAGAAGCAGAUCUUCGAGGCCAAGGAGUUGGAGGAGCUCCUCCGUUGCUUCUUGACUUUGAAUUCCCGCCACUACCAGGAUGUUAUUGUGGGGGCUUUUUCUGAGAUUUGGGAGCUCUUGUUUUCUGACCCUUCGGACCAAGGGGUAAAUUUGAAAAAUUGAUGUUGUCGUUUUUGCCCCUAAUGGUUUUACUGAAUUACUUAUGCAAAAAGAUUAUAAAUACAUGAUUUUUCUAGCAUUACUCGUAAA